AUGUUAAAAGACCACCUGAAGCAUGAGUUUCAAUUACAAGCAUCGUCAUUUGAAAGUAUAUUGACGAAAGCAGAGGCCAACUUGAUACGAAUCACAAAUCUCUGGCUAGAAACAGACGAUGGACAAGGCAUACAGAAAACAGUUGAUAAGAGAGACAUUCUUUCAUUAACUGUUUUGAAGGACAAGGGGAAGAAUUUGCCUUUCGAGUUCAUUACAAAGUAUGGGUAUAUGAAGCUGCCAUACUUCGAGACGUUUCAAGACACGAUUGGCAGUGCGGUUGUAGCAGUCCUAACAUACAUUCAAAGCCCUUAUAAAUACGUGAAUAACACUGAUGCCACAACAUCUUCCACUGUAAAGGUCGUCAUUACCGACAAAAAAGGAAAGCAAUUAAAACUUAAGGAUUUAGAUGAUCCAGUGGAUAUGGCCGUUGAUAUGACCAAAAUAUUUGCUUCCACCCACACUUGGAUAAAACCUGAGAUACUAGACGAUGGGUCAUCCAUGGUGGUUGCAUAUGUGAACGAAACAAAUGAGGCAUAUUCCGUCGAAUUCAAAUUAAAAUCUGUUUUAGAAUGCACAAUUUAUGGCAUAUUUGGAUACACAAAGCCAAGUGUCUUUAACAGGGCCAUUUCAAUUAAAACAAAAGGCAUCAAGAAAAUACUGGAGAUCGAACCAGUCGACCUGCCGGUAUUUUUCAACGAUUCUAUUCUCCAGAUAACAGUUUACAACACAAAGUACUCAUCAGGGGGUUAUCUGGAUCCUCUAGUUUUAACGUUAAGCUGUCAAGAUGAUGUUGCAAGACGACGACGAAGAGAUCUGUCCGAAUACAUGGGCCAUUUCUAUCGAGUACAGAUUCUAAGCGUUGUUAACCUGAAAGGCACAAAGUGGGAUACUUCUGCUGGCUCAAAGAUCAGUAGAGCUGAAGGAAAUGUCGCCGUUUUCAAAAGUACAUUCUUUGGAACGUUUGGUUCGGAUGCUCUUUUUUCGCCACCCACUCCCAUCAACUUUGUUGAUAUUUUCCUGAACUUUUCUGAAAAACUGCAACAAACACCCCAAGUUUUAGCAGCAGAGGUUUUCUUGAUAAUAUUUUUCAUUGCCAUUGUCAUUCCCAUACGAAGAGCUGACCAGAAGGAUCGUCUGCAAUGGGAGUAUUUGCCGUUAGUGGACAAUGAACCCGACGAUAAAGUUCAAUAUUGUUUAGCUAUUUUUACAUCAAUAAGAUCUUCGAAAAUUUUGAGUUCUACGGUUUUUUUUACACUGAAUGGUAAAAAGGCAACUUCAAAUGCAAGAAUGGUUAAAACAGAUUCCCGAGAGAACUUUCAGAGUGGCACAUGUUGUAAUUUUCUUUUAACGACCGAGGAAUAUCUAGGGCAAUUAGUGUCAUUAACAGUGUGGCAUGACAACACAGGGAAAAACCCUGAUUGGAAAUUGUCUAAAAUAGUCGUUACCGAUUUAUCAACUAAUGAAAGAUAUGCGUUUAUGUGUGGUGAGUGGUUAUCUCUGAAAUUCAAAGAUGGAAAAACUUAUCGAACACUUGUUCCAGCUACACCACAAAUCAUAAACGGACAUGUGGUAUUCACGGAACUGAGUGUACGUGGCUUCUUUGACGACCAUCUUUGGUUCUCAAUAUCUAAGCGACCAAACUACAGCCGAUUUACUAGAGUCCAGCGGAUGUGGAGUUUAGUUGCUUUACUUUUCUUAUCAAUGGUAACAAGUGCAAUGUGGUAUAAUUCUGAACCUUCCGAAGAGAAGCAGAUAGCGACUGGAACCGUUCAACGAUCUGUCACGCUUGGUCCAUUUAAACUAAACUUGAAACAAAUCUAUGUCGGAUUAAUGUCGUCGAUUAUUACAGUAAUCCCGUCUAUCGUCAUUAUUUCAUUAUUCCGAAAUAGAAAGUUAAAAACUGAUUCGUCUGAAGAUAUACGGCGAACUGGGGGCAAACUACCAUGGUGGACAAUAUUCAUUGCCUAUUUCUUUAUUGUUGCAGCCAUUGUUGGGGGAGGCUUCUUCACUUUUUUGUAUUCUCUUCAAUUUGGUUAUGGAAAAACAAAUGACUGGUUACUGUCAUUUGUUUUCGGAACAGCUGAAGGGGCAUUCAUGAUGGAACCAUUAAAGGUACUUUUGGUGGCUACAUUAUUUGGAAUAUGUUGUAAAAAAUCAACGAAUGUGUUGUCAGAAUGUGCAGAAGAAAUUCACUUAAAGACAGCUUACGUCUCUGACUAUAUAAAGCGAGGAGAAAUUGCUUAUUAUCCAUGCCCAAAUACAGCUAUUGAUCAAGAAAAAAUCAACAUACAGAGAAAAGAAGUACAGCUGGACAGCAAACUAAAAAAAAUUAGCAAAUCUUGGGUGCUGACGUUUUUUUACUUAUUUCUCUUAGCUAUAAUUUGUGCGCAUAAUACAGUGACUGAAGCCUUCAGACAAAAUUCCUACUUAAAGAGUUCGAUCAAAGAUUCAUUUCUGGCAAAUACAACAGACGAUAUCUACCUUUGGAUGCAGCGUUACAUGCUAACUCAGAUUUGGCCAAAAUGGUACAGUAAUUUUGCAUUACGGACAGCAUACGAACAAAGAUUUCUUUAUGACGAAUAUAGUUACCGGAUUUCAAAGUCAACAUUACGACAAGUCAGGUCUCAUAACUGUUCUCCGUUAGAAGAAAUGAAAAGUUCGGUAUCAAAAUGUACUAGUGAUUAUUCAAUCGAAACAGAAGACAAAACUAACUAUUGCAAAGGAUGGAUACCAUUUCAAACGGAAAAUACAACUUGCUAUGACGAAUAUGACCCACUAGACAAUAGUUUUAUAUACCAGAGUGCAGAAGUAACAAACACUUUGACGUAUAUAGGGGAAUUCGCAAUGUACGGUGGUGGAGGAUAUACGAUAGAUUUAGGACCAAAACAGUCGUUAGUCGAACAAUACAUCGAAAAUCUAAAGAACCUUUCCUGGAUAGACGGGAAAACCAGAGCAGUGUUCUUUGAAACUAAUACUUUCAACGCAAACACAAGGUUAUUUAGUCAUUUAAAGAUAGUGUUUGAAAUUUCAGAAUACGGAUCCAUCUAUAUGACAACAAGAGUUAAAUCCUUAAACCUCUAUCCUUAUGUUACAAGCAUGGAUUAUAUUAUCUUAGGUUGUCAACUUAUCUUUGUGUUUAUCAUCAUUGUGCGCAUUGUUCUCUUCGCUGUAUACAUAUUCAAAAAGCGAAGCGCAUGCUUUCGAACUUUUUCUUCGUGGAUAAUAGCAUUGGAUCUUUUUCUGAGCUUGAUAGCUGUUAUAUUUUAUAUCCUGCGGAUUGACACAACAAUUAAAGCAGUCAACGACAUCAUUGAGAGUCGGGGUUCCUAUGUUUCUCUUGAGCACGUGGAGUUGUACGAUAUGGUUUACAGGACUGCGUUAGGACUGGUCUUCUUUUUUGGAAUUCUCAGACUCCUCCAACCUUUAACAAUAAACUACCAUUUCUUUAUUCUUCAAAAAUCGCUUGCAAAAGCAAGAUAUGACAUUUUUAUGUCAAUGAUUCUAAUAAUAUUUGCUCUUGUCUCGUUUGGGUCUUACCUUUUUCUUUCAUUAGGCAGAUAUUCAGAAAACUUUAAAGACUUGUAUUCUUCGAUCAUUUCUCUUCUUCGAAUGCUUCUAGCAAUGAUAUCAUUUCGAUUGAACUCAAACUUGGAUUCAGUAGAGGGGAGAAUAGUAACUGGUUUGUUCUUUUUUUCUAUCUCAAUCAUUGGAGUGAAUAUAUUUAUUGCAAUUCUGUUUGGCCAUUUUGCGGAUGUACAUGCUAUGCAAUCAAAAUUAAAAUCAAAGACCGGAUAUGAGGUCCAUGAAGACGAAGUCUUUAAUUUUGAAUUGAAUGACCACCUUUGGAAACAAAUGAAACGCAUUAAACACAUAUUCUCAGAACCUAAAAUUGAGUCACAGGGCAUAUCGUUCCCAGAAGAUAUACUACACAAGCUCGAAAUCCUGAAUCAGCACGUAACAUUAAAAUGCAAAGAUGAAUAUCGAUUCAUGAGGGUAAUACCAUGCUUAGUCUACCUCACAAACGCUAUGAGUUGGAGUAUGUACAUGGCAAUGAAAACUGCAGCAGACUACAGUGAGGAAAAUGGAUUAAGAUAUAGAUUUUUUAACCCCAAUGAAGAUCAUCCCCGUCUUACUGUAUAUUUCCCUGAAGCAAACCUGAGUGACGCACCUGAUAUUCGAUGUAACAACGUAGCUCACAGAUAUUUCUCGUUGUCACCGGAAAUUAGACGGCUACUGCUAUUUGCAAAAACAAGAAUCUACGAAUUGAAACUUCCAAAUGAUCGGCCAUUUCUGAUGAAGGUAAACGACAUCACAAAGAGAAUCACCAUUAUUGAAGUGGACGAUGAGCUCGUGUCCGAUGAGGAUUAUUUAGUUUGCAGUUUUGAUGAUAGGCAGUCUUGGUUUAGAUAUGCAAUUCGACCGAGAGAAGACAAGUUUUGCUGCAUUCUUCCAAAACUUCCGACAUAUUGCUUCGUAAUUGGCAAACUAGGACAAAUACAAGUAAAUAGGGACACGCUAUGCUGUUUUCCAGACAUCGAAUAUCAUCAAAUAAGGAAAGAAGGAAAUUCAAUCUUUCUCCAUGCUGAUAAAAAAAUACGCCUCUCUUUCCCUCCUGGAAGUGUCCAAAAUAACUGCAACAUAUAUGUUAUGAUGGAUUUACCCCAAAAACAGAUAUGCCCAUUUGUCCAUGUUUUGGUUAAGGAGGAUAUAAAUGAUCCAGUGGAAAUUAGUUUACCUAUCGUUUACAAAGGUCUUCAAGCAAAUAAGUACGGCCAUAAAAACACUGAAAAACUCAUUGUUGUUAGGGAGGGGGAAAAGGAGUGGAUGGUCCUAAACUCUGUUCUUAAGUUAGAUGCAGCAGGGUUUACAUUUGAAACCAUCAAAAUUCAAUCCAAUGUACCAACAACGUUUGGAUUAAAAGAGGCAGUUCUUCCUUGGGUUGAAAAUCCAUUUGACAAAUUGGAUACAAAGAUACUAAAAACUAUCAACAUGGUUUCUCGAUAUAACUGCGUGGCGUUAAAAUGGAGCGAAAUUGCGCACAACUUGGAUAUAGAGUUCCCGUCAACUUUUGGAGGGAGAGAGACGGAUAGUUACGAAAUAUGCAAUAAUGAAACAACCGACGGAAAUCCAAACCCGAGGCAAAUGAGUUUUACAUUCAGAAGAGUAAUUGACAUACCAAUCAGUGCUCAAGAGAAAUGCCUAUAUAUUUUCUCAGCGUGGUAUAGAAUGUAUCCACUUGGAAUAGUUGUAUCAUCAUUUAGGAAAGUUUUAGAAGAUUGUAAUCUACACUUUAUUGCAGAACAACUCGGUCAAAGGUUGUAGCAAUUGGAAAAUAACAACCUGUGAUGAUUUCGAACAAGCUUGGUUUUCUUCUAAGUGCAAAGGUAGCUGCAUUUACAAAACAGUAUCAACAUUUAUCAUGAAAUAAUUCCAUUGUACCCCUGGAUUCAAAGCGGCAUUCGCAGCACCUCACAAUGUUGAUAGACCUAUGGGUAAUUUUGGCGGCAACAAUGACGACAACAUGGUUGGAACUCUAUCUUGUGUAUUGCUAUUGGAAUAAUGAUACUGAUACAGUUUAAUAGUUGUGAUAUAUUUUGCAUGUAGCAGAUGUAUGAUUAAGUUUUGAUUUAUUGUUAUGGUUUUAAAAGUAAUCUUAUUAGCAUAAAAAAAUACUUAAUAUAUUUUACUUGUGAGGUUAUCAUAAUAAGUAAUCUUUAUUUGUGGUAGAA